AUGCGCCACAUACUUACUUGUCAUUUGCAUGCGCCACAGCAACCUACCCGCCUCGUCACGUGCCCCGACCCAGGGCUCGAGAAUAUAAAAAAUUUUAAACCAUUUUUCAAACUAUCCAAACUACAGUACCCGAGAUGUAGAACUAAGAAGGUUGGAAUCACCGGUAAAUACGGUGUCAGAUACGGUUCUUCCCUGAGAAGACAAUGUAAGAAACUCGAAGUUCAACAACACUCCAAAUACGACUGCUCGUUCUGCGGAAAGAAGACUGUCAAGAGAGGAGCUGCUGGAAUCUGGACUUGCAAGUCUUGCAAGAAGACUGUUGCUGGAGGAGCCUACACCGUUUCGACUGCUGCUGCCGCCACCAUCAGAUCCACCAUCAGACGUCUGAGAGAGUUGGCUGAGGCAUAA